AGUUUUGGAAAGCGAAUCCAAUCAAAGAUCAACAUAAUCUUGAACAGUUCUAGUAUGGGUGGUACUGCCCCUUUGGUUAACCAUAAGUCUAAGUCUAGAUCCGUUUCAUUGGAUAAAGGACAUUCUCAAUUGGGUAGUAUGAGUGGCCCUGGGGGUCCUCAAUCAUCCAUGAAUGGUGUUGGUGGCCCCGGUGUCAAUGCUGGAAUAUUUCAACAGAAUAUGAGCUCAAAUGGGGAAUUCACUGUGAAUGAGACUUUUGGUAUGAAUCAACCAUUCCAUCAAAACUACAGAUCUCUUAGUAUUUCAUCGACUCCUUCAAACUUGGAGUAUCCACAUCAGCACCAGCGCCAGCAGUCCAACCCGAGAAACUUUUCCUUGCCUUCCAAUUUAUACAAUUCCAACAUGGCUGGCCCAAACAGCCACAUUCCUGGCCCGGAACCUACCAAUAACGGAAUGCAAAUGAUGGCCCACAUGAACAACAAAGUUCCCAAUUUUAAUUCUAAUGACUACACGAUCAACGAGUAUCCAUUUGGAUUCCCUGGUCAAGCAGGACUUUCACAACGAAACGUUACUACCAAUGGUCCAACCCACCAAUACUCGUUUAGCAAUGGUAGUCAAAUGGAUGGUUCCAACCAGCUGCUUCAACACCCAGCUCAACAUCAUCACCAUGUAUCCAUUUCAGGAUCCAACUCCACUUCUGACAUGUAUGCUAAUGGCAACGGAACUGGAUCUUCGAUCCUGAUGGGUCACAAGCAUCAAAGUAGUGUUUCUUCGGUCCAACUCAACCAUCCACAGCCUCUGGGACAUUAUACUACCAGUGGUGGCAACAAUGGCGGUAUUAACCAUCAAUUCACUCCACCCCCAGGGUCUUACCACCAGCCCAAUUACUACUCACAUUACCAACAACAGCAGCAGGUUCAACCUCAGGCGCAGUUCAAGAGUAAUGUAUUCCCUGGUCAACACCACCUUCCACAGCAAUUCCAACAAGCACCAGCUCUUCAACACUUACAAAACCCUGGUCAAGCUGGAAACAACUUUGUGCGUGGUCAUGGAGUUAACCACGGUCACAAUCUCUCGAUCUCUUCCACCUCAUCUUUACCCAAUGGAGGUGUUGGAUCCGAGGGGUUGAUGUUCAACGGUAACCCUUUGGCAUUCAACUACUACCAGUGAGCAGAUAACCAUAGAUCCUGUUUACAAUGACUAUCCAUAUUCCGAUUGCAUUUUACCUGUUUAUUUAUUUUGAUAUUUGUUUCUUCCCAGUGUUCCAUUUCCAAUAUCCAACCCGUCACCUAUUUAUGUAUUAUGUUUUUGUUCUGGCGAUUCUGUUACACGAGAAUUUCAAAAAGUGUAUCAGUUGUGUUAUUAUGAUUAUCGUCCGAUAAUGUUUGAUCUAAUUGUUUAUGAAAACCAAAAAGACAAAAAAAAAAAACUCCAAAAGAAAAUCCCACUGCAUCAGGGACAAUUAGCCUAUUGGCUGUCAUUCGAUUUGCUGCGAAGUUGCUAAUCUUUGCACACACUUCACAAGUGAAG